AAAAAUGAAAGUGAAUAGCUCAAAGACAAAGUACUACUAUAUAUAGUAGCAGAAAAACUCAAAAGUUCAUCAAAUUCAUUUUCCUAGUAACACAUCAGUUCUGUUAUUAAUUUGCAGCCAUGGGAUUCUUGAAAAUCCUUCUAUUUUGCAUUGUUUGCUCAUUUCCAUUGCCUAGUUUCCAGACUGAUUUAGAGACUUAUAUAGUCCAAGUUGAACCACCAGAAACCCAAAUUUCUACUCAAUCAUCAUCAUCAAUGGAUUUAGAGAGCUAUUACCAUUCUUUUUUGCCUAAAACUACAACAAUUAGCUCAAGGGAAAAUGAAGAGCCAAGAAUGAUCUAUUCCUAUCAUAAUGUGAUGAAAGGCUUUGCAGCAAGAUUAACUGCAGCACAAGUGAAGGAAAUGGAGAAGAAACAAGGCUUUGUUUCUGCAGAUCCACAGAGGAUAUUGUCCUUGCACACUACUCAUACUCCAAGUUUUCUUGGUUUGCAACAGAACAUGGGCUUGUGGAAGGAUUCCAACUAUGGGAAAGGCGUGAUCAUCGGAGUUUUGGACACUGGAAUUGUUCCUGACCAUCCUUCAUUUAGCGACGUUGGGAUGCCUCCUCCGCCUGUUAAGUGGAAAGGAUUUUGUGAGUCUAAUUUCACGACCAAGUGUAACAACAAACUCAUUGGAGCCAGGUCUUUCCCACUUGGCAAUGGUCCCAUAGAUGAAAAUGGACAUGGUACGCAUACAGCAGGCACAGCUGCAGGAGCCUUUGUGAAAGGUGCUAAUGUCUUUGGGAAUGCCAAUGGAACAGCAGUUGGUGUUGCCCCUCUUGCUCACAUAGCGAUAUAUAAGGUAUGCGAUUCUGAUGGCAGUUGUUCUGAUGUUGAAAUUUUAGCUGCAAUGGAUGCAGCUAUUGACGAUGGGGUAGAUAUUCUAUCAAUAUCCCUUGGUGGAACUAGUAAUCCGUUCCAUAAUGACAAGAUUGCUCUUGGGGCGUAUAGUGCAACAGAAAGAGGUAUUCUUGUUAGUUGUUCUGCAGGCAAUAGUGGUCCAUCCCAACGCACUGUAGCAAAUGACGCCCCUUGGAUUCUCACAGUUGGCGCUAGCACUCAUGAUAGAAAACUAAAGGCCACUGUUAUGCUUGGAAAUAAAGAAGAAUUUGAAGGAGAAUCCGCUUAUCAUCCAAACACUUCAAACUCAACAUUCUUCACUCUAUUUGAUGUUGAAAAGAUAGUACACGAGCAACCAGAAGCCCCUUUCUGCGUACCAGGGUCACUCACUGACCCUGCUAUAAGAGGAAAGAUAGUCGUGUGCCUGGUAGGUGGUGGCGUUCGCAGGGUUAAUAAAGGACAAGUUGUAAAGGAUGCUGGAGGUGUUGGCAUGAUUCUCAUCAAUAAUCCGGACGAUGGUGUUACUAAAUCAGCUGAAGCUCAUGUCCUUCCAGCAUUGGAUGUUUCAGAUGCAGAUGGAAAGAAAAUUCUUGCCUACAUAAACUCAACGUCGAAUCCUGUUGCUGCAAUCACCUUCCAUGGAACUGUACUUGGAGAUAAAAAUGCUCCUAUAGUUGCUUCAUUUUCUUCUCGAGGACCAAGCGAAGCAAGUCGUGGCAUCUUGAAACCUGAUAUUAUUGGUCCUGGUGUUAAUGUCCUUGCUGCUUGGCCUACCUCAGUAGAUAACAACAAAAACACAAAAUCAACAUUCAAUAUCAUAUCUGGAACCUCAAUGUCUUGCCCUCACCUUAGUGGUAUAGCAGCUUUGUUGAAGAGCGCGCAUCCUAAUUGGUCUCCUGCUGCUAUUAAGUCCGCAAUCAUGACAACCGCUGACACGUUAAACCUUGCCAAGAAUCCAAUAUUAGAUGAAAGGCUCAUUCCUGCUGAUAUCUUCGCCAUUGGUGCAGGACAUGUUAAUCCAUCGAGAGCAAAUGAUCCAGGACUAAUUUAUGAUACCCCAUUUGAGGACUAUGUACCUUAUUUAUGUGGUUUGAACUACACAAAUCGAGAGGUAGGUAAAUUGUUACAAGGCAAGGUGAAUUGCUCGGAGGUGAAAAGUAUCCCUGAAGCGCAACUAAAUUAUCCUUCAUUUUCCAUCAGACUUAGAUCAACUCCUCAGACAUAUACCAGAACUGUGACCAAUGUUGGUAACGCGACAUCAAUUUACAAAGUAGAAAUAGUUUCACCAAAAGGAGUUGCAGUGAAAGUUAAACCCUCCAAGCUAAACUUCUCUGUAUUAAACCAGAAGUUAACAUACCAAGUGACAUUUACCAAGACAACCAAUAACUCAGACAGAGAAAUUGGUCAGGGAUUCUUGAAAUGGAAUUCUGAUAGGCACUUAGUAAGCAGUCCAAUUGCAGUUGUAUUGUUAGUGGGAUGAAAUUGCAAGAUUGGCAAUCUUUUUUAGUUGUCCUUUUUUUUGUGAUUCCAGGAAGCCGAGUGUCUUCCGGAAACAACCUUUCUGUCUUUUUAAAGGCAGGGUAAGGUCUGCGUAUACUCUGCCUUCCCCAGACCCCACUUGUGGAAUUACACUGGGUAUAUUAUUGUUGUUGUUGAUUCCAUGAACAAUGUACUUGUAGUAAUGCUUUCAAUCUAAAAUGUA